UCCCCGCCAGGUCUAUGCGCGCCGAGGCCGCCACAGCCUAGCGUCCGGGUGGCUCCGGAGCGCACUACCGGGCGCGCUCUCCGGAGCUUGGGCGUCCGUGACCGCGAGUCCUAGGGCGCCGGCGGUGGCAGGCGAGGGGCGCGGCGCUGCUCUGCCACCGGCUCCGGCCAGCGAGCGCGGGCGACCUACGGGCGUCCAGACCUUUGUGGCGGCUGCGGGGAGCUCUGGCCGCGGCUCCCCCCAGCUCCAGCCUGGGCGCCCCGGGCCACUCGCUGCCGCCGCCCAUGGGGAUCCGAGAGUUUCCCGGCGGCGCUCCCAGGACCAAGAGCAUUGCUGUUGGCAUGAGGAGGUCACCGGACGUCAGCCCGCGGAGACUGUCCGACAUCAGCCCUCAGCUCCGGCAGCUCAAGUACUUGGUGGUGGAUGAGGCGAUCAAGGAGGAUCUGAAAUGGUCUCGCUCUGUGGAGGAUCUCACCAGUGGACCAGUGGGACUCACAUCCAUCGAGGAGCGGAUCCUGCGCAUCACAGGCUACUAUGGCUACCAGCCCUGGGCGACCAGCUACAAAAGGGAGGAGCGCCCCCGGGAGCCCCCGGGCCCUGCAGAGGCCCAGGCGCCAGCUGGGACAGAGGCUGGUGGGAGGACAAGCCGGCACAACUGGACAUGUUCUCAGGAGCGGCUCAGGAAGGUCUUCUGGGGCGUGGCUGUCGUGUUCUGCGUGUGCGCCUCCUGGGCCGGCUCCACGCAGCUCGCCAGGCUGACUUUCAAGACCUUCGACGCACCAUUCACCCUGACGUGGUUUGCCACCAACUGGAACUUUCUGUUCUUCCCAUUGUACUACGCAGGACAUGUGUGCAAAUCCACAGAGAAGCAGUCUGUGAAACAGAGAUACCGGCACUGCUGCCGGUUCUACCGAGUCAACGGCUUAACUUUGAAAGUGUUCUUUACCAAGGCAGCACCUUUUGGUGUUCUUUGGACUCUCACAAACUACCUGUACUUACACGCAAUAAAGAAGAUAAACGCCACAGACGUCUCCGUCCUGUUCUGCUGCAACAAAUCAUUUGUUUUCUUGCUGUCGUGGAUCGUUCUCAGGGACAGAUUCAUGGGAGUGAGGAUCGUGGCCGCCAUCCUUGCCAUCGCUGGCAUUGUCAUGAUGACCUACGCCGAUGGCUUCCACAGUCACUCAGUCAUUGGCAUAGCCCUGGUGGUGGGCUCUGCUUCCAUGUCAGCCCUUUACAAGGUUCUGUUCAAGCUGCUGCUGGGCAGCGCCAAGUUCGGAGAAGCGGCCUUAUUCCUGUCCAUCUUGGGUGUGUUCAACAUCCUCUUCAUCACCUGCAUCCCUGUCAUCCUCUAUUUCACCAGGGUGGAAUACUGGAACUCCUUCGACGACAUUCCAUGGGGAAACCUCUGUGGGUUUUCCAUUCUCUUAUUGACAUUCAAUAUUGUAUUAAAUUUUGGAAUUGCUGUCACGUAUCCCACGCUGAUGUCUCUCGGAAUUGUCCUCAGUGUACCUGUAAAUGCAGUGGUCGAUCACUACACCAGUCAGAUAGUCUUCAACGGGGUCCGGGUCAUCGCCAUCAUCAUUAUCGGCCUGGGCUUCCUCCUCCUGCUCCUUCCAGAAGAGUGGGAUGUCUGGUUGAUCAAGUUGCUCACCCGCCUCAAAGUGAGGAAGAAGGAGGAGACAGCAGAGAGCAGCGGGGACUUGGGCACAGGUCCCCAGAGCAGGAGCAGAAGAGCCCGCCCAUCCUUUGCUCGCUGAGAAAACUCCUCUAGAACUCUGGGAUGCCCCCAUGGUAAUGUUUUUGAGGUCCAUUCCUGAUGGAGGAACCUCAGUUGGGUGAGGUGUACAUACAUGUACAGUUUUGGUAACUGCAGUAAGUUCUACGGUAUUUAUUGGCAUGUCCAAUUUGCUUGCACUUUUCCACGUCAGACCUUCCACUAAGGGUACCGAUUCAAAACAGAUGAGAAAAGAACCUCUCAGCGCUUCUUAAAUGAAUGUAAAGCGAGGUAAAAUGAGCCUUGUGUCGGUCUCUUCAGAGGACAGGCAAGCUGGACAAGCCAGGGCAAAGGCUCUGCCUCUUAGCAAUUGAAAGUGACAUUGUGCACUGUGAUUAUUUUUCAGCUAUAGUAGGUCAUAUUUUGUUUUAUACCAGAACUGUAUACUUAAUUUUAAGGAAUCUCAAUGAACCAAAAGAUAAUUGUCAGUUAAUUUGGAUGGGUA